CGUCAUCAACAAUCGACGCCGUGCCGCACCAGCGUGAAAAUAGUAGUGAAAGCUGCUGAAAUCACAUCAUUUCAGAUAUCCUGGUGAAAUUUCAGCUCCAGCAGUUUGUGAUCUGACACACAGCGCCAUGUUUGUGGCCGCGGAAAACACACAGCCGUGCUUCAAAGGCUUCACUCUGAUCCUGCCUGCAGUGGCUGUGGGGAACGUGGGCCAGCUGGCGGUGGACCUCAUCGUGUCCACCCUCAGCAUGCGGCGGGUGGGCUACAUCCACACAGACUGUCUGAUCCCCAUGGCCGGGAACAACCCGUACGCUUCCAGCGCAGAGGACGCCCAGGAGUUGCACACCGCCGCUGAAGUCUACACAGAGGCAGAAAUGAAGCUGGCAGUGCUGCAGAUCAGGGCACCGAUUAUUCAGACAAAAUCCAGAAAGUUCCGCAAAUUGCUCGUGUCUUGGAUCAAAGCCAGCGGGUUCUCCAGGACAGUCGUGCUGUCCAGCAGCCAUGCGUACCAGCGGGAUGACCAGCAGCUCCAGAGUGACCCCCUGAGGUACCUGCUCACUCCGGCCCUGCAGAAGCUGUGUGGUGACGCCCUGAAGGAGCUGGGCUGGAAGGAGAUGGAGCGAGUGGCGGCCUUCCCCGGCCUCACGGACACCAGUGCGGAGCCCCGCCUCUACAUCCCCGGAGGAGGCAUCACCAAGGGGCUUUUCACGGACAGCUGUGCAGAGGAGCUGCCUCUGGCUGUGGUGCUGCUCUUCUGCUCAGAGGGCGACAACAUCCCCGACUCCUUCACCCUGCUCAACCACCUCAACGACUGGCUCCACCUGCAGGCCAAACCUAGCCAAGAGGCCAACAAGUGGAAGAUCCCGUCUUCAUGGAGGCUUCUGUUCGGCAGUGGCAUCCCUCCCGCUCUCUUCUGAUACAGUACACACGCACAUACAGGAAAGCACCGUUUUAUUUUUAGUGUUUUUGAGGUUAUUGCCAGUUUACGGGUACAACAUGAAUGGUCACUUUGUACAGAAACUCCCUCGGGUCCGUCUCUUUUCCCGGGUAACAGCCGAGCUUUCCGGUCACAACGGCUUCGGACUCCUCUGUCAGCUGUGUCUCAGCUGUGGUUUCAGAAUUUCUCAUUAACGCUCAGUUGGCAUCGGAUCAUCUCAGUGAGAAGAGCGACUAUUUGUGUCCUCGGGAGGAGCUGACAACCCUGGAAGACACUGCCUUCAGUUACAAGAUGCAUCACAGUGAUGACUCACAAUCAUUAUGUUAGUAAUGUUUAGUUUACCCAGCCCACUCAAGGAUGACGGGGCCUAAAAUAUGAUUGUAAAUGGGCCACACACAAGCACACAGCCAGAACCCUUCUCUAAAUCUGCACUUCUGCAAUGCCGAUGAUAUUUCCUAGUAUUUUAGCACUUUUUUUUGUUGUUUUUUGUUCUUUUUUUAAAUAAAAAACAUUGUUGACUCAUGCGAA